CGCCCCCCACACAAAUUUUGCCUGCCGACGUUUUUUGUGUCGCGAUGCUACCUACCCACCUCGACUGGCGAAUCGCUUCUCUCAUGCCCAGACAGUUGAGCUCGACAAUCUGAGCGCGACAAGGCUAGGCUUGCGGUGCUGGCGCGCGCUUUCUCCUGUCGUAUGGUGAUGCCAAUUGGGCCCGCAGCACACCCGUGGCCGUCCAAAAUUUACCAUAAACGACUUGGCCAUGUUGCCCGCAAGACGGGUUUUGGCCCUCGUCGCGGCGAGGAGCUGUCGCCAGCUGGCGCUUCCUCGGCCCGCCACGCCCUUCCUCUCACAGACCCGCCUGCUGAGCGCGACGCCACGGCGCCGCCAAAAUGCCUUCCACUCGCAGCUCCAGGACUCGACCUCGCCCGCCGUCCCGAUCCCCCAGGCCGCACCACAGACCCCGCAGACCUUGACGGAGAAGAUCGUGCAGCGAUACUCCGUCGGGCUCGCGCCCGGCAAGAAGGUCAGGUCGGGCGACUACGUCACGCUUUCGCCGCACCACUGCAUGACCCACGACAACUCGUGGCCCGUCGCCCUCAAGUUCAUGUCCAUCGGCGCCUCCGAGAUCCACAACAACAGGCAGGUCGUCAUGACGCUUGACCACGACGUCCAGAACAAGAGCGAGUCCAACCUGAAGAAGUACCGGCAGAUCGAGGAGUUCGCCAAGAAGCACGGCGUCGACUUCUACCCCGCAGGCCGCGGUAUCGGCCACCAGAUCAUGGUAGAGGAGGGCUAUGCGUGGCCCGGCACUGUGACCGUUGCAUCUGACAGCCACAGCAACAUGUAUGGCGGCGUGGGCUGUCUUGGCACCCCCAUGGUGCGCACCGAUGCCGCCUCCAUUUGGGCAACGGGAAAGACUUGGUGGCAAAUACCCCCUAUCGCCAAAGUCACAUUAACGGGCAUCCUCCCGCCUGGUGUGACGGGGAAGGACGUCAUCGUGGCUCUCUGCGGUCUGUUUAACAACGAUGAGGUUCUGAACCACGCCAUCGAGUUCACCGGGUCCGAACAGACCAUACGCAGCAUCCCCGUCGACGACCGUCUUGCCAUAGCCAACAUGACCACCGAGUGGGGCGCCCUGAGCGGCCUGUUCCCUAUCGACUCGGUCCUACAGUCAUGGCUCCGUGCCAAGGCGACCACGUCGGCUAUGCUAGGCAAGGAAGGGGGUAACCGUGGCGUCUUCACACAUGAGAAAGUCGAGCAGCUCCUGGAGAAUCAGCUUACGGCCGACCCCGGCGCCACAUACGCCAAGUCUCUGUACCUCAACCUGUCGACCCUGUCCCCCUUCGUCUCGGGUCCUAACUCGGUCAAGGUGGCGAUGCCGCUGAAGGACCUCGAGGCCCAGAACAUCAAGCUCAACAAAGCUUACCUCGUGUCGUGCACCAACUCGCGCGCGUCUGACAUCGCCGCCGCCGCCCGGGUCUUCAGGGAGGCGUCCAAGGACGGCGUCCCCGCUAAGAUCGCCCCGGGCGUGAACUUCUACAUGGGUGCCGCGUCCACAGUCGAGCAGGAGGCGGCCGAGACGGCCGGCGACUGGCAGGUGCUGCUGGAGGCUGGCGCUCAGGCUCUGCCGGCGGGUUGCGGGCCGUGCAUCGGGCUCGGCACCGGCCUCCUGGAGCCCGGCGAGGUGGGCAUCAGCGCCAGCAACCGCAACUUCAAGGGCCGCAUGGGCUCGACCGACGCCAAGGCCUACCUCGCGAGCCCCGAGGUCGUGGCCGCCAGUGCGCUUCAGGGCAAGAUUGCCGGCCCCGGUUGGUACCAGAAGCCUGAGGGCGUGGAGAAGGUCAUCAUCGGCGAGGGCAACGGCGACUUCGAGCAAGACAAGGCCCUAAGCAUCGAGGAUGCGCUGGAGAAGAUCCUCGCCGAAGCCGAAAGCCUGAUAUCAACAUCCGAGCCCACCCUCGGCGGUGCUGAGGCUAGCGAGGCGCCGGCGGCGACGAACGACGACGCCCUGACCGAGAUCUUGCCCGGCUUCCCCGAGAAGGUGGAGGGCGAGAUCGUGUUCUGCGACGCGGACAACAUCAACACUGACGGCAUCUACCCGGGUAAGUACACGUACCAGGAUAACGUGUCGAUCGAGAAGAUGGCCGAGGUGUGCAUGGAGAACUACGACCCGGCCUUCGGCUCGGUCGCGCGCGAGGGCGACGUGCUGGUGGCGGGCUUCAACUUUGGCUGCGGCAGCUCGCGCGAGCAGGCGGCAACGGCGAUCCUGGCGCGCCGCAUCCCGCUCGUCGUGGCCGGCAGCUUCGGCAACAUCUUCAGCCGCAACAGCAUCAACAACGCCCUCAUGGGCGUCGAAGUGCCGCGCCUAGUCCAGAGGCUGCGCGAGAAGUUUGGCGGCGCUGACAAGGCGCUCACCCACCGCACCGGCUGGACCUUCCUCUGGGACGUCAGGCGGAGCAAGGUCACCGUCACCGAGGGCCCCGGCGGCGAGACGUGGAGUCAAAAGGUCGGCGAGCUGCCGCCCAAUGUCCAGGAGAUCAUCGCCCGCGGCGGCCUCGAGAAGUGGGUCAAGAGUCAGAUCAAGGCCUAGACCUGUUAUUAACCUCGUCUCAAACAUAAAGGAUGGUCGUCCAGGCGAUCUGGUUUCUGGUAUAUAGCAGACUUUUUUUUAUGGCAUAGAGCGUCAAAAGUUGGUUGGCUUUUACCAGGUUGGUAUGCUUUUUAUUCAUAUUUGUGACUGGUUUGACGAUGACAUUUCAUCAACGAGAACAUCUCCUUCCACAACUGCCAAUGUGGUCGGUCUAUUCUCCCUAAUAGCAAGAGCCCGGCGCUGUGCGGCUUUGACGGCUCGCUUGUGGCGGUUCCCACUGAUGUGCGUCUGCCACAGCUCCUCGGUGACCAGGGUGGCCCUGCACACGUCGCAGGUCCUAGCGCCCCACGUCACGCGGCGGCCGUUGACGGCCUCGAGGCUCGCGUGUAGCACAUCGGCCGCCGUGUUAGAUAGGCUCUCGGGCGCGGGCAGCGCGUCGCCCGCCAGGUACCUCUCCGCCACGGCGCGCGCCUUGUCCGCCACUUCGGCGGCCCAAGCGGUGCCGGUCCCCGCGUCGGUGCUAUCCACCAGGAACAGGUGCCCGAGCGCGCCCUCGCCCUGCAGCAGCGGGAGCGUCUUGUACGUGAUCCACCGGUUCUGGUGCUUGGCAUACCGCCGGGUUGCGCCCUUGACGGCCUCGACGCCCGAGCGUUUGAG